UGAUUAAAAAAGAAAAAGUGGAGAGAGUGAAAAGUGGAGAGAGAAGGCGGAGGAGAGCAGGUUGUCCGAGGAGGGUUUUCUGUGUCUUUGGGGCGACGCGUUUCAGUUGUAAAAUUUCACACUUCUUCAAUUGAUCCGCCUUCAUCUCCGGCGACUCCUCCGCCGCCUACUCCACCACUCUUCAUAUAGGCCAUGAAUUAAUCCAAACCCUUCUCUUUUUCUUCACUGCACAAAUUGAAACCCUCUCUCUCAGACUCUCGCACGGCACAAAUCGCUGCCACUGCUCUCUCUCGACUCGCCGUACACACCAUCAUCUCCCUCGCCAACAGAAACCCUCAUUCACCAAUUCCGGCGACAUCCGCCAUUUAAAGUCGCGCUCCACGGCUCUGCUCUGUUUCUCCCCACUGAUUUCGCCACCUUGCUCUCCUUUCCGUUUUCAAGUAGAUUCAAAAAAAGUGCAGGAGAAUUCUUGACCUCAACACAGUACAUAACUUUCAAGCAUUAGGUGAGUCACAAGAUGGAUGAAAGUGGACGAGAGAACAGAAGACAUAGAAUGGAUUACCACAAGGUGCCACAGUGGAAUGCGAUGCCCCAGUAUCAGAUUAAGGAACCAAAUGCUUUCCAAAUGAAUGCCAAACUCGUGAUGCUCUGCAAUGAAAGGGAUGAUGCAAUAAGAGAGCGAGACAGAGCACUUACUGAGAAGAAGUCGGCAUUGGAUGAAAGAGACGCUGCUAUGAAGCAACUAGACGCAGCAAUCAUGGAGCGGGAUGAUGCCCAAAGGGAACGCGACAAUGCCAUUGCUGCCCUCCAAUUUCACGAGAGCACGGUGAAUGCUCUAUUGAGUGGUAGUGCACGUGGAUCAAAGCGCACACACCAUCCUACAAACCAUCAUCCCAACAGCAUGCAGUCUGCCCAGAGUAUGAGAGAAGAGUGCAUACAUGAUGCACUUCCAGUAUCCCACGUCCCACAUGAAGCUCCCCUUUCAAAGAAAGGGACGAGGGCCAAAACUAACAAGGACCCUCAGAUGAGAUCUGCUAGAUCGCCAAAGAAAGUGAAGAAGAUAGGAGAGGAUCUGAAUAGGCAAGUCACAACCGAUGGAUCCAAGGCAGAAUGGGAUGCUCAGGAUCUUGGUUCCAUGAACCAGAUCAUGUUUGAUGAAUCAAGCAUGCCAGUUCCCGUUUGCUCGUGCACUGGAGUUCCCCGGCAGUGUUACAAGUGGGGUAACGGGGGUUGGCAAUCUUCUUGUUGCACCACCUCCCUGUCAUUAUACCCUCUACCCCAAAUGCCAAACAAGAGGCAUGCACGAAUGGGAGGCCGGAAAAUGAGUGGGAGCGUCUUCAGCAGAUUACUUACGAGACUGGCAGCAGCCGGGCAAGAUUUGUCAAUUCCUGUUGAUCUGAAAGAGUACUGGGCUAAACAUGGAACAAAUCGCUACAUUACCAUCAAGUAACUCCAUGUCAAUGUUGUUUGUUCUGGAUGAAUUAAGCAGGCCUUAAAUUGGUCUAGUUUAUAUUUCAUUUCUUGAGGGCAGUUGGUUGUGCACUUUGUAAUAUAGUGAUUUAGAUUGCAGAUGGGGUUUUUAAUGUUGUAAUCUUGCAGUUCGAGAAGCAGUUUUCAUCCUCAUUGAGUACUGCUAUCUGUUAUUUGUGUUGUCACAUGAAUCAUCAUUUCAAAGCUUACAUCGAAAACUGCCCACAAGGGUGGUCGUAUUGAGGUUGUA